AUUCCAUCUUCAAGCAUGUCUUCCGUUGCCACCAUUUGCAUUGAUCAUUCAUCAUCUGUCCUUAGCUUCAACCUCUUUGUCUAUGUCGUCGUCUUUGUCUCCGUCUUUGCUUUUCUUCUUGCUCCCGGUGGCCUCGCAUGGGCACUCUCCAAACCUCGACCCAAAACCGCCAUCCCUGGACCUUCCGGCGUCCCUUUUUUAGGCCUUCUUUUCGCCUUCACUUCUUCCUUAACACACAGGACCUUAGCGAAGCUCUCUACUGCUUUUAAUGCUAAACCUCUCAUGGCGUUUUCUGUUGGGUUUACACGCUUUGUCAUCUCUAGCCACCCAGAAACAGCCAAGGAAAUACUAAACAGCUCGGCGUUUGCUGAUCGUCCGGUGAAGGAGUCGGCGUACGAGCUGUUGUUUCACCGAGCCAUGGGUUUCGCUCCCUACGGUGACUACUGGCGUAACCUUCGAAGAAUCUCGGCCACCCAUUUGUUUAGCCCUAAGAGGGUUGCUGGGUUUGGGGUUUUCAGGCAAAACAUCGGGUUAAAAAUGGUUAGUCAAGUUUUGUCAUCAAUGGAGGAAAAUGGUGUUGUGGAGGUUAAAAAGAUCUUCCACUUCGCUUCCUUAAACAAUGUCAUGAUGUCUGUGUUUGGAAAAUCCUACGAUGAUUUUAGUGAAAAUGGUAGCAGUGGCGAUGGACAUGAGCUCGACAAGCUUGUCAGCGAAGGCUAUGAACUUCUUGGAAUCUUCAACUGGAGCGACCAUUUUCCAAUCGUAAGUUGGUUUGAUUUCCAAGGAGUUAGGAAAAGGUGCAGAAAUUUAGUGUCCAAGGUUAACGUUUUCGUUGGGGAAAUCAUUGAGCAACACCGAGAAAAAAGGUCCGAGGCUGGCGGAGCUACGGCAGUAUCCGACGGUGAUUUCGUCGACGUUUUGCUAGAUUUGGAAUCUGAAAACAUGUUCACUGAUGCUGACAUGAUUGCUGUUCUAUGGGAAAUGAUAUUUAGGGGUACUGACACAGUGGCAAUCCUACUGGAGUGGAUUCUUGCACGGAUGGUGUUACACCCGGACAUACAAUCAAAGGCACAAUCGGAAAUAGAAAGUGUCAUCGGGCGUGAAAGAUCCGUGACACAUUCGGACCUUGAUAACUUGCCCUACCUCCAUGCAAUUGUAAAAGAAACUCUUCGAGUUCAUCCACCAGGCCCACUGUUAUCUUGGGCUCGACUCGCAACCCAAGAUACUUUUGUAGGCCCGCAUGUGGUUCCGGCUGGAACCACUGCAAUGGUGAACAUGUGGGCGAUAACCCACGAUGAGCGUGUCUGGGCUGAACCUGAUAGAUUCAACCCAGACAGGUUCUUGACUGAGGAUGUUGCGAUAAUGGGUUCAGACCUAAGGUUGGCUCCCUUCGGUGCUGGGAGGAGGGUUUGCCCGGGAAAAGCAAUGGGGUUAGCCACGGUUCACCUUUGGUUAGCCCAGCUCCUACAAAACUUCAAAUGGGUUGCAGAUGGUUCGGUGGAUUUGUCUGAGUGCUUGAAGAUGUCUUUGGAGAUGAAGAAGCCGUUGGUGUGUAAGGCUGUGGCAAGGGUUUAGUUGGGUUUUUUUUAAUAAUUUUGCAAGAAAAGCAAGCGCUAGUUUGUAGUUUCUAUGAUGUUUAAUAGUAUGGGGUAGUUUGGGGAUUUUUAAGAAGUUGGGAAAACAUGGGGUUCUCCGUUAUUGUACAGACUUUUUUGUUUGUGACGUAUGAAUAUGCAUUACCCUAAAUAUUUGUGUGA